GUAAUACGGGGCAUUCAGAUGCUUUAGCCGUUUCAAUAGAACAUUUGUGUGUGUCUCAGAGCAUAAGUCGAUAUAAUCAUGAGCUUUAGUCGAUCCUUCCUCGUAAUGUGCCUCCUGACUGCCUCGUGUUGUGUGAGGGCUGGCGUUGGUAAUGCCGCGACUGUGAGUGACACGCCCAUUAGCGAAACUUCAGGGUCAACUCCGGAAGAAGCUUCUAACAGCGAGAACAUUGGCUCAGAGACGGCGGACAAUUAUUUGAACCAGGACUGCAUAGAAGUCACAAUACCAAACAUUUUGGGCAUUGAAGCGUGCCUUAAGGAUAGAAUGAAUUUAUGCACAGGAGAAAAUACGAUGAUAGACGGUGUGUUACUACUAGUGAACUGCACCGUGAUUGGUGUAUUCAAGAACCUAACUCCAAUGAGUGCCUUGAAGACUGUGCAAGAUGUCCUCGUUGCUCUUUUGAAGAAAACUCUACCACCCGUGGCUACCAUGAUGGAGAUGAUGCCUACGUUGUCAACUGACACGGUUAUUGAAGAUAACACCUGUCGUAAUCCAAUAAAAAUUGGUUUUCCCAGCAGCCUAGGAAAGUGCAUGGACCACACGUUGAAACUCUGUGAAAACGGGCAGACCGUCGACGAAUCGAUAAUAACGUCACUUCUUUCGGCCCUUGGGUGUACGCUUGAGACAAUUCUCACCACAACGCCAAAUGAACUCCUCAGCAUACUAAUAUGCGACAUCGCAAAAGCUAUGGCAGCCAUUUUGGGGAACACCUUCGGCACACAACAGCUAAUUGAGAAGCUUGCGGAGGGAACCUGCCACAAAUCAUACACCUCCAAGUAAUCUCGGACAUUAGGCCGUUUUCACGACCACGUAAAGUGCACUUUCUACAUGAAGGAACUGGUGCACUUGCACGAGUGUCUUCCCUAUACUUAGCCUGUCAAGGCACAAAGGCCGCGAAGUUGCUCCACCUGCUGUGGAAAUAUCUCCUGGACUUCUCUAAGAAGCAAUUCCAAACCGGUUCUUACUCUAGGAUUGGUGGCACAAGGGAAUGAACCAAAAAGAAUACAAAUUGUUGAUACAUUCGCCAUUCACAUAUUUUUUUACAUAUAAGCUUGAUUUUUUACGCAUAAUAAACAUUUUUCAUUUUGUCCAAA